UGGAGAAUGACAAGUGUAAAUGCGCAUGCGCACACUCGUCACCAACGCUGCGGGGACGCGGCGUGGCGACAGCGGAGGAAUCCAUAGCAACGGUGGAUAAACAUGAGUUUCUACAGCAGCACACUGGAGGACGACAAUCUGAAGCUCCGACAACAGAAACUGGAGAAACAAAGGGUGCUGCUGGAGCAGAAACAGCGACGGAAGCGUCAUGAGCCGCUCAUGGUUCAGCCCAACUCUGAGGGACGCCCGCGGCGCUCACGACCCUGUCGCAGUGAAGAGCCCCACGUCAACACGGCCAAUGACAUCAUCAUAGACGGCUUCGCCGGACCGGCGGCACUAUUGGGGUGUAAAGCUGCUGAUCUGGGCAGUAAGAUUCAAGUUCUAUCUGUCAAUCAAGCACAACAGCCCUCCCCUCCGACCACUCAAGAACCAGAGACCACUGAUGCUGAUACAGACACACUGCUGGAACCCAAAACAGACAUGCACACACUGCUGCAUAGAUGCGGACUGUCGGGCAGCAUGAACUAUGAUGAAGCCAGUGAGGAUGAUGAUGAUGAAGUUGAAGACAAAAGCUGCUCUCUCUCUCCAAACACAGAGAGCACACGGCCGGCGUCUGCCUCCAGUAAUAAAUCUACCACAGAGGUUAUUCCGCUGAGUUCGCCAUCGGCUGAAGGCUCCGUCAUCGAGGUGGAUAAUUUGGAGGAGUUUGUGCUGCGUCCGGCUCCACGCGGGGUCAUAGUAAAAUGCUUCAUCAACCGGGAUAAGAAGGGCAUGGACCGCGGCCUCUACCCCACAUACUUCAUGCACCUCCAGAGAGAAAACGACAAGAAGGUGUUUUUACUGGCUGGACGGAAGAGGAAAAAGAGCAAAACAUCAAACUAUCUGAUCACAGUAGACGCCACAGAUAUGUCCCGAGAGAGCGAGAGCUUCAUUGGUAAACUGAGGUCUAAUCUGAUGGGCACGAAGUUUAGCAUCUAUGAUAACGGCACAAACCCGUGUAAAGCUCCCGGAGCUCUGCUGGAAGAAACCAACACGCGUCAGGAGCUCGCCGCUAUCUGCUACGAGACUAAUGUUCUGGGUCUUAAAGGGCCGCGGAAGAUGACCGUGAUUAUUCCUGGCAUGAAUAUGAAUUUCGAACGGGUUCCGGUUCGUCCCGCUUGUGAGUCUCUGUUGAGUAAAUGGCAGAAUCAUUCGCUGGAGAAUCUGAUCGAGCUGCAUAAUAAAGCGCCGGUGUGGAACGACGACACGCAGUCUUACGUGCUGAACUUUCACGGCCGAGUCACACAAGCCUCUGUCAAGAACUUUCAGAUCGUCCACGACAACGACCCUGAUUACAUCGUGAUGCAGUUCGGCCGUGUGGCGGAGGACAUCUUUACUCUGGACUAUAACUACCCCAUGUGUGCCCUGCAGGCCUUCGCCAUCGGCCUGUCUAGCUUCGACAGCAAACUUGCCUGCGAGUGACCCCGUGACCCUGUCUCAACACAGACACCUCAUCUGCUCUGUACACAAGAGCACAAUCUCCUCCAGUUUAUUCAGUCCCUGUGUAAAGUGUGCGUACAGAUGCAGAACUGAAGCGACACACGGGAAAUAUUUUUCCGUUCCUGCUUUUGCAAAAGUGUUUAUAUCAUGAGAAACUAGAAAAAGGGAAAUUCAAGCACAUUUGUUCCUAAUCAACUGUUCUAUUGAUGUGAAAUAGGUUGGAAAUAAA